CCCCACUCCCCACUCUGCCCACUCCCCACUCUACUAAAGCUACUACUGCCCAGCUCCAGGAUAGAUAACAGCCCUGCUCAGACCGUUCGUCUCGGACCCCUGUACUCUUCCAGGACCUGGGACCUGCCUUGUACCUCUCUGCCCCCCUCCUCUGACUAACAUAUGACCGUGACCAUGGCUGACAUCAACAACGGUUAUGAACAGAAGUUCCAGACGGACAGACAUCAUAAAGAGAUUGACCUGAUCAACAGAGACCCCAAGCAAGUCAACGAGGAUGUAGUGAAGGUAGGCUACUUUACAUUUAAGUGUGUGUGUGUGUGUGUGUGUGUGUGUGUGUGUGUGUGUGUGUGUGUGUGUGUGUGUGUGUGUGUGUGUGUGUGUGCAUGCAUGUGCGUGUGUGCACCAGAUAGCUAAGUAUGGGCCUAUUGAAGUUUUGUCGCCCCGGACUGGAUGUGGAAAUGCCUUGGCUUUUUUGUGUCAGUGGCAGUAUGUUGUCUCAUUGUACAGAGGGUUCCGAGUCAGGUUGGGAGGAAAACGAAGGAAGUCCCUCUGUUAUAUGUGCACAUGUGUCUAUGUUAAUGACUUAUUCAAUUAUAAUUUAUUGCUUGUGCUAUGGAGUAGCCUGGUGGAUAACUUGAUCUGGCUGUUUAUCCUUUGGGUUACGAUUGUGCCCCAUCAAAAUGUUCCCUGAAAUAGCCUGUAUUCCUGUAGUGCUUUACCAGCCCAGCUACAGAUAGUAGCUCUAUUUCUGGAAAGGCCAAUGCAAGGGUGUGAGAUGCAGUUAAACAUGUUUAUCUGCCAAGACUGACAUCAUUGAAUUUGUUCUAAUCUCAUUUUUUUAACAUAAUGUCUUUGAUGGUUUUCUGUGGUAUUCUUUGAUUUGCUCAUUAAGCAUUCAGCUUUUGUGGCUUUUAUAGCACAAAUGGGCCUCUGUAUAGAUAUACAGUAAGUGUAUUGGUAAGUACCGGUAGUGAUAUCAUAUAGACUGUAGCUUACAAAUACUGUUCCUUUAAUUAGAUCUGUGACUUUAAAACAGGCAGGUUGUUAGAAAGAGAACAUCUAUGUGUUCAUGUUAUGAGAAUGUAUCCAUUUGCCCUGUCAUAAGUGACUUCUUAAAGACACUGUCCAGUGUCUCCAAAUUUCUAUGAAAUAUUAUAUAAAAUAUUAUACUUAAUUAUUAUAAUAUGAUUGAAAUAGUUUUUCCUUCCAAAAAAUUGCAAUUAAGUAUGUUAAAAAGCAGCUUUUCUGUGUUGGAUUGGUGUGGCCUACUUCAACAACAGAAUGGUGUGGGCGUAUACUGGUCGUUAAAAUAUUCAUGCGAGUAGACCGCUGAUUGGCCAGCUCAUCUUCCUCAGGAGUAGCAGGCAUUUUGAAACGGUCUGUUUGAAAUACAAGUUUGAGGUGGGGUUUUUGAAGUGUUUUAUUUUCUUUCUCAAAUGUAUGCUUUGGCCACAAAUAUGAGUAUAGGAUAAGUCAACAACAUUAUGUCUGUAUGAGAUUUUCACUGGACAGUUACUUUAAGAUAUUUGCUCAUGAUAUAAGUAUUUGCUUGGGACAGUGAGAGGUUUCACAAAAUAUAAUGAUGGUCAAGCAACAGUUUUGAGCUAAAAUAAUUUAGCUAAAAGAAGGUCUAGCUGUGAUUGGCUGUAGCAUUAUGUACUACAAUACCCAUAAUGCUUUGAGUAAGAUAUUAGGUUUAAUUGUAGUACAGAUGUUCCUGAAGCUAGCAUAAUGUUGUCUUGUCUAAUUGGCAUUUGUGUCAGAAGAGGGAUCCUGAUAUCAAUUACAAUGGCCUCUCUGUCUCCCCCUGCAGGUGGACUUUGAGGACGUGAUCGCUGAGCCUGACGGGACUCACAGUCUGGACGGGGUGUGGAAGGCCAGUUACACCACCUUCACUGUGUCCAAGUACUGGUGCUACCGCAUCCUGUCUGCCAUUUUGGGGAUCCCCAUGGCUCUACUGUGGGGCUUCCUAUUUGCCUGUCUCUCCUUCUGCCACAUCUGGGCUGUGGUGCCUUGCAUUAAGAGCUGCAUGAUAGAGUCCCAGUGUUUCAGCCGUAUCUACUCCCUGGCCAUCCACACCUUCUGUGACCCGCUAUUCGAAGCCCUGGGAAAGAUAUUCUCAAGUGUUCGGGUGGUGCUACGGAAGGAGAUGUAAGGUUCAGAAGCAUGGGCCAGAUUGAGAAUUGUAUAGGGUGGGGAUGGUCCUGCCCGGUCUACUCUCCAUCCUAAAGUAGGCUAAUUCCUUGGCCUCCUGUCUGGGUUGCUGAUGCUGGGUCUGGGUCUGACUCAAACAGAGCUUGUAAUUGAUGGAGAUUAGUUUGUUCAAUCAGAAGACAAAAAGAAGAGUGCUCUCACCUGGUUGCCAUACAGAUGUAGGAUCUUAAUUU